GUAGGCUUGAGCAGCGGUAAAAUCCCACAGGAGAUUAGAGCGGGAACACGCGCUAGUCCGGACGCUUUAGAAAUGGCAGCCCUAGGAUAGAGCAACAGACAGGCAAAACAAACACAACAGUAAUGAGGAAUGGAUGAAUGUUGUCUCAUGGAAAACCUGGACGCUGUCUCUCUUUUUUUAAACCCUCCUCAUUUUCUCUUUCUCUCCGUCUUCGACAAGCUCACGCCUCCCUCCCUCCCCUCCAUCCCUCCGCUCCGCUCCUCUCCCUUCCUCUCUCUCUCUCAUUCUCUCUUGCGCUCUCUCAGUGGAGGAAUGUAGAUAGAGGCUGAGCGUACACCCGCUGCUCUGCACGAUAUCAACGGCUCGCUCUACGGUGGUGGGUCGCUCAUCAGAUGCUGUUCAGAAUGGAUUUGUACUGCUAAUGGAUUUGUCCAUCCACCGUCUCUUCCUGGACAACUCUGCACCUGCCAUUGCCUCCUCUGCCGGGUUUAUUGCUCAGCUUGCACAUACCGGGAUCUGUGCUGCAGGUCCCUUGCUCCCUUAAGGAUGCUAUAAAUCAGCAGGAACUUUGGUCGAGGAAAAAGGGACAUAUUGCUUCACGGUCAACGGCGAGUCCUCCUUCGUUAGGGAACCAGCUUUCUGGGAUAUGUAUAGCUGACUCAGCGCUCGAAUACAAGACUGUGAGUCAGAUCAAGACCUUGAAAAUGAAUGGGUAAGAACGAGGGAGCCAGAGAGGAAAAAUAUGAGCCUGUUUUUAACUUUUACUGAACUCAACCUUCAAAUAUGGCAAUGAAUGGAGGAACGAGGUCGGAGGAUAAAUCUAAUGGUGGUGUCAUCUGCAAAAAGAGGGAUUUGAUAAUCUGACGACAGAGAGUGCUGCUGCAACGGCUGGUGCUUGGAGUCAACAUGCAGAUGAUUGCACUCCUCCCUUUCCUUCCACCUUCUUUGUUCAGCACCUUUAUUUAAAAUUUGUACCAUUUUAGUGAUCUUACGACGAGCUGGAAGUCAUCUGGACAUAUUGGUGGAACUGGACUAAAGGACUGUCCUUUUUACCGGAUUCUGCAACCGCUGAGAUUUCUACCUCCGGAAUUCUAUUGGGUGUAUGCGCUUGUCUGUUUGUGAGUGUGUGUAUGUGUAUUAGUUGUGUGUGGAUGUGAUUUGUCUGCCUUGAUGUGUUCAUAACUAUUUCUGUGUUCUUGAGGUUGUGAUUUACUUUCCCAUUUUUUUUCCAAUGUCUGGCUUUGCUGGCCAGCGUUUCGCCUUGUGCUGUCCAUGUCUGCCGAGUGCCCGGCCGUGGGGUUAACCCUUACAUUGCCACAGGCGAGAUGAGUGACAGCUCUGGAACAGUGAACAACUCGGGGGCUAUGGUACUGGAGGAGCCCGAUGGAAGAGGUGGCUCUGGUGGACGUGAACAAGCCCAGGCCCCUGCUCGUGGAGGCAUUUUAAGGUGUGGGAGCUGUGCCCUUUGGCCCCGCCAACAGACUUGGCUCUGCGUGGUUCCGCUUCUCAUUGGCUUCAUAGGCCUAGGGCUCAGUCUGAUGCUGCUGAAAUGGAUCGUAGUGGGUUCUGUGCGGGACUACGUGCCUACUGACUUGGUGGAUGCCAAGGGAAUUGGCCAGGACCCCAUCUUUCUGUCCAAGCCUAGCACUUUUCCUAAGGGAUCUGACACCACCACCACCACAACCACUAUUGGAGGGGUCAGCUCGGCCAGCCCCACUGUCACCACUGUGGUGCGGAGCAGGACUCGAACGGGAACUCCUCCGAACAUUCCCCCUAGGGGUGGUGGUGCAUCCGGCAGCCAGGUGACGCAGAAGAGCCCCUCUACACGCUUUGUCACACGUAAUCCCACCUUUACGACCACCGUGGCCUCUACCACAACAUCUACUGUCCAUACGUCCACCUCCAGCCCCUCUCCCUCCAACCCUGCCGUUCUAAACGACUCCACCCAAAUGUGGACCAGAGAGCAGUCAUCCACUGAGAGGCACGUGACCACGCCUGGUCGAACCCACGUCAGCCGCAAGACACCAUCACCAACUCUACCGCCUUUGAAAUCGGAGCAUUUCAAGCCAUGUCAGGAGAAAGACCUGGCCUAUUGCCUGAAUGAUGGGGAGUGCUUUGUCAUCGAGACCCUGAGCGGCCCACACAAACACUGCAGGUGUAAAGAGGGUUUCCAGGGCAUUCGCUGUGACCAGUUCCUGCCCAAGACUGAUUCCAUCCUGUCUGACCCAAUGGAUCACUUGGGCAUUGAGUUCAUGGAGAGCAAGGAGGUGUACAAAAGACAAGUGAUGUCUAUCACAUGUAUUGCCAUGGGGAUCAGCUUUCUAGGCACACUCUGCAUAGCUCUCUACUGUCGGAACAAGAGAAGGAGGGAAAAGCUCCAGGCACACUUGAAAGAGAGCCGUAGCCAGAAAAACUACAACCUCAACUCUUCCAGCCUGGCCCCUAAACCCAGCCUUAGGCCUCAGCAAGGCCUGCAGCUCCAAAAAUAUUAUAAACCCACAAGUUCCUCGCCACCGCAUGUUCGAGAGUCUGGUUUCGUUCAAAGCACUGCUGCCUCUACCAGUCCACAAGGCACACUGACAAGGAAACACCCCAGGAGUGGUUCCCUCUCUCAUAGUCCAGAUCAAAGGAUUCGUUCUGCUUUUCGGCCUGCAUCUCGCAGAACACCACCCAUAACCAGAGGAUGUCUCAAUGCCAUUGGUGGAACGAGAGAUUCUGGUCCUGUCUACCAACAUCUCCAGGAAGUAGACAGCUCAGAGAGGGAGUCAGUGAGAAGGAACCUCUCUGGGCCAGGUAAUGACCUACAUCAGGAUUCAUUUUACAAUAUGCAAGCCUCACAAUCCUCAAAAUCUUGCAGCAGCCAUUUAGACCACAGGUGUGCUAGGAGCCUCAGGUCGGGCGGUUCCAGCCAAAGUCCUCCUGCUCCCUACCGUCCCUGCUCUAUCCCAAUCAUCCCCUCUGUCCACUCCUACCAGGAUGAGGUCUCGUGUAUGCAAACCGCCCCUAGUGCUGGAAGCAACCGUUCUAGUCCUCUGGAAAGCACAGAGGAAGCUUCGGCCCUUGAUCAACAGUCUAACGUAACGGUCUCCAAUCGAGCAGCUGGUAGACAGGAGGAAGUGGCCUCACUAUUCGACGAGGCUCAGGAACAGCUCAGAGCGCUAGCACAUGCCCAGAGGAAGCAGGAGGACAUCAGUAGCUCCGUCCCUCAGGGGGCCAAAGAGACUGUGUGCAUCCUUUUAGCAAAUGGGGGUGGACAAGGGGGGGUGGCUGCUUUUGGGCCCACGGAAACUCAGUUAGUGAGCCCCAGAGACACGCACAAAGAUGCCACAAAGCCUGGCCAAUGAGAAGGGGUUGACAGAACUAACCACAAAUGUCCCGUGUGUCUUUGGGCUUCAGAAUACUCCGGCAACAUUGGGAUACCACUGAAAGCUAUGAUUGAAUUUCUGAGGACGUGCUGUGGGCGAUAGCGUGAGAGAGUGACAGUCUCGAACAUGUGAAAAGAUAAUUUAUUUAUAUGCAUUUAUUUAAGGAGAAACUUAGAAAAAGAAACCAAAUAGUCUGUCAUCUCCAUGGUGUUUUUAACUGUAUAAAAUAUACAUAAAUAUAUAUAAAUGGAUAUAAAUAUAUGAAUUCAAACUGGUGACCAAGUACAAAAAUGGAAUAUGGGAAUGAGAAACUUUCUUUUGAAGCAUAUCAGCCCCACAUCCUUAAAGACUCGAUUGGUUCAAGACUGGGUGGUUCAAAAGUUAUUUAAAAAAGGAGUUUUUCCACUUGUUUCACUCAUUUCCAGUCAAGCUAAGCUUGUCCGACACACAAUCUUGUGUUUUGCACCUGCCACUGCAGCAGCUGUGUUUACUAUCACCGUCCCAGUCACUGUCCUCUACCCUGCCAAGGAAUAUGGCUCCAUCUGCCUUUGAAAACCGUGGAACGUGGAUUACAAUUGGAUUAAACUUCUAAACGCUAAUCGUAUCCAGGCAUGAGGUAACUGAUAGUGAAGCACUGCCUCCAAGACAUCGAUUGGAAGAAUUUGAUGUGUCCGUCCGUUUGUGGAGCAAUCUGCAUUUAGUUUUUCUGUGCCUUGGCACGUUCACUCCUUCAUUUGGGUUUGGAUAUGAGUAAAGAUAAGCUAAUGGAACAGAGCACAUCAUACUGCACACCACCUGAGAUGCACAAACAGACCGUCGACGCCUCUCUGGAUGGACCAAGGAGAUUCCUGCACGGGAUAACAGAGAGCAAGCUUGGCCAACACAAGGAGCUUCUGUGUUUUGUUUUGUUUUGUUUU